GCAGUGGCUCCGCGGCCGCACGAUGUCCGUAACGGAUCAGGCCUUUGUGACUCUUGCUACUGAUGAUGUGUAUUGCCAAGGAGCUCUGGUUCUUGGACAGUCAUUGAGGAACCAUACAACAUCUAGAAAACUAGCAGUACUGAUCACACCAGAGGUCUCCAGUGGAAUGAGGUCUGUCCUGCGCAGCGUGUUUGAUGAAGUCACUGAGGUGGAUGCACUUGACAGUGCUGACUCGGUCCGUUUGGCUCUGUUGCAGAGGCCAGAACUGGGUGUAACCUUCACUAAACUUCACUGCUGGACUCUUACUCAUUAUAGCAAAUGUGUCUUCAUGGAUGCAGAUACCUUGGUGCUUUGCAAUGUUGAUGAAUUGUUUGAUCGAGAAGAAUUUUCAGCAGCUCCUGAUUCUGGCUGGCCUGACUGCUUUAAUAGUGGUGUAUUUGUCUUCCGACCUUCUUUAAAAACUUACAACUUGCUGCUCCAGUUUGCUGCUGAACAUGGCAGCUUUGAUGGGGGUGAUCAAGGCUUGUUGAAUAGCUUCUUCAGCAACUGGGCAACAGCAGAUAUUGGCAAACACUUACCAUUCAUCUACAACUUAAGCAGUAGUGCAGUAUACACCUACGUUCCUGCUUUCCAUCAUUUUGGUAGAGAUACCAAAGUUGUUCACUUCUUGGGAGCAACAAAGCCCUGGAACUACAAAUACAACCUUCAAACAAAGAGAGUUAUGCAAGAUGGCACCACCUCUGGAUCUUUCCAUCAGCUGUCAUUUCUUGCCCUCUGGUGGAACAUAUACAGUGCCAGUAUAUUGCCGUUGUUAGAAAAGUUUCAGAAGAUGGAAGAAUCAGAAUCUGAGGAAUGGAAGCAUACUUUCAGUGGAGUUGAAAUCACACUGAAAAAAGUUGAUCCUUCUGUGGCCAAUUCUCUGCAAAUGCCUGUAUUUCCAGAGCAGGCAUAUGAAGCAGAUCCUACACCAUGUUCCUCUGAGGAACUCGGUUUCAACGCUCAACCUGUAUAUGAAACUCAACAGCAUGGUUCCAGCAUUCAUCUCUCUGAACCUGACAGACCUUCCAAGCAACUUGCUUCUCAUCCUACAUUUCAGGAAACCUCCGAGCUGAAUGAGAUUGCAUCUUCUGUUUCAGAGCUCUCUAUUCACCUCAAACGUGAAGAACCAAAUCCAGAAGAUGAACGGAGAAAAUGGGAAGAAGGGCGUAUGGACUAUAUGGGAAAAGAUGCUUUUGAACAUAUCAAAAAGAAGUUGGACACAUUUUUACUCUAAGAUGAAGUGAACUGUAAUGACUAUCAUGUUUCUUCUGUAAAUAGAACCUUGAAUAUUUGGAUAUCUUCAUAGUUCAUUUGACACCAAAGCUGAUGGAAGACUAACAGAGAUAGACUCUUGUUUUGUUGUUUCUUUUUUUUUUUUUUAAUGGUUACGUGUGCCUCAACUUUAUUGUUCUCUCAUAGUGCCUUCUGAGAUAUAAUGAAUGAUAUUUUCUGAGUAUGAAACUCUCAUAUUUAUCACUUCUCCCCACUGUUCUGCAUAAGUACUGCACAGGAACAGUUGUAAGUGAAGUGUAUUGAAAGUUGAGUUUAUUUUACAUACUCUUACCUCUUAACGAGAGACUGCAAAAACUUCUUAAAUUAAAACUUUCUUCUUGAAACCAAGUUAAUGAUUCCAAGGGCAACCAUGGUGUAGACUUCAAUGUGAGAGAAAAGUAAGAAGAUGAAAUUCUGGCCUCAUAUAAGUCUGUGACAAAACCUUUUCAUUUAAGUAUAAUUAGGUAAAGAGUAAAUCAGGACUUCGAGGUCGCUACUGGAUACUCUUACUGUUUUAUAUGGAAACUGCUCAAGUAGCAGUGUGAUGAAAAGAUGUCUUAAGGUAGUCUUAAGACAGACUGAAAAUGCGUACUAACCUUUUAUAUUGUUGCUAUAGGAUGCCGUUCGUGCGUGUUUGUUUUUUUUUUUAAAUAUAUGUUAGUUUUUACUUCCGUAUUCAGCGUUGCAUAGUUAGAGAAAGAAAUGCUGACUGACACUAUGGUGUAAACUUUUCUGGUGCUUUAUACUGUUUACAGUACUCUGACUGCAGUUGACAAAGGCAUUCUUCUCAUUUAAUAUGGUUGCUCCAGUUUGAGUGCAACUGACAUAGUUAGUCCUUGUUUUAGUAAACAGGCUCUUUGAAGAUCUUUUAAACAAUAGCUGUGUGUGGGAACUAAAAAAUCAGAGUGUAGUUUCAGAUAAAUCUAUUGAUGAGACUCCCUUUUAUUAAGUGUACUUAGAAGGAUUGCUUUAUGAAUUUUGAGUCUUCAAAUAUGAGUGGUCUUGGCAGGUUUUUUUUGACAAACAAGAAAGAAACACUUUGAAAGAAAGAAGCUUGAUAGACAUGCUAAUGUGGUAACAGAUUUGAUACAGUUAUGCAUAAUGCUGCUAAGUCUUCAAAUGAGAAUUCUGCAGUGCUGAUCUAGGAUCUGAAGUGUAUUCCGGCCUUGAUUUGUCACCAAUUUUGGUACAGAUAAUCAAAUGAAAUAACUUGGGAAUUCUGUUCAACAGCCAGUCGUGUAAUGUUAAGCAUCACAGAAUCACAGAAUGGCCUGGGUUGAAAAGGACUGCAAUGAUCACCCAGUUUCAGCCCCCCUGCUAUG